CGUGCGUUUACUUGGCGUUGAAUGUUGGUGUUAUUUAUAUUUAGUAAUCUAGUCGUACUUUAACCUGAUGCAUGUCGAAAUUAAAUCUUGUGUGAUACGUGAUAUAAAAAUUUGUUUUGUUAACGAUUUGUCGAGUAUAUUUUUCGUGUGGUUGGUGGGUGGGUUCCCUAACGGCUGGAUAGAAAUGGUUACUUUAAAGAAUUUAAUAUUCUUGAUUGCGGUAUAUUUAUCCUAUUGUAAAGGUGGUGAGACGAGAACUGAAGAGGCAAUAAAUGACAGACCGAUAAUCGGAGUGUUAUCACAAGAGCAGUCAAGACAUCUUCAUUCAAAAUUUCCUCAUGAAAACUAUACAAGCUAUAUAGGAGCGUCUUACGUGAAGGAUGUGGAAGCAGCGGGCGCAAGAGUUGUACCAAUAUUGAUUGGAAAAAAACGCGCCUACUAUGAAGAUCUCUUAAAGAAAAUUAAUGGUGUUCUGCUUCCUGGUGGAGCAACGUAUUUCAACCAAUCAAAUGGGUUUGCUGACGCCGGCGAGUAUAUUUAUGAAAUCGCUAAAGAAAUGAACAAUGCUGGGGAUUAUUUUCCGAUAUUCGGUACAUGUUUGGGGUUUGAACUACUUAUAAUCCUUGCGUCAGGACGCGGAAGCAAAGAGAAUAGAGUACAGUGUUACUCUUUCAAGAAUUUGCCUCUUAACUUUACAAAGGAUUUUCGUACCAGUAAAAUGUUUAAGGAUGCUUCUAAUGAUGUUAUCCAUAUCCUUUCAAAUGAAGAUGUCACUGUUAAUGCUCACCAAUUCUGUAUUAUCGAUGAAAAUUUAUUCUCACAUAAUUUGACCAAGGAUUGGCAUAUCACAUCACAUAGUAAGGACGACAAUGGAACAUCUUUUAUCGCCAGUGUUGAACAUAUCAGGUAUCCUUUCUAUGGAGUUCAAUUUCACCCCGAGAAAAGUGCCUUCGAGUGGAAGUUAUCAAAAAGCUAUGCUCACACCAUGAAUGCUAUAAAGGCAAAUCGGUAUUUCAUGGAUUUCUUCGUUAAUGAAUGUAGAAAGAAUAACCAUACGUUUUCGAGUGUCAAAGAAGAAAAUGAAUAUUUAAUUUAUAAUUAUAUGCCCAAGUUUACAGGCGCGCUCGGGAGCGCGUAUCAACAGUGUUAUUUCUUUGAGCCUAGAGGGGAAGAAUCUGAAGAAGUAUUAAUUAAUAAUAAUAAACAUGAUAUGUAUGAAUCUUAUAAGACUGAUUUACUAUAAUUUUUUUUUUCUGGACAGACGUAGACUAUGAUCUUUCAACGCUGAUAAAAUAUAAAAAUUGAUUCAUCAAAUUUUUUAAUGUAUUCUUAGAUCCUACUAAUAUUAUAAAUGCGAAAGUUUGUAAGGAUGUGUGAGUGUGUUUGUUGCUCUUUCACGCAUAAACUACU